GACCUAGUGAGAGUGUAGUCGGGGUGUGCUGAAUGACCUUCACACUGAACCUCCUCUGGAGGCAGAGAAGCGGUGAGGUAACCUCAGUCUCGGCUGACUGGCUAUCGCCUGCUUUAUAAGAUGCCAAGGGCUACCUAUGUAGAUUCCCAGGUGGACCUGUAGGAACAAACGUGUCAAUGGUUAACUCAGGUACUUGGUGUCUGGAGCUUUUCUCUCCUUUAUUAUUAACUAAAGAACAUUUUUACCAUGGCCUGGCUGUGAGCACCCAGCUCUUAGGUCUUCUAUGGGGAGAGUGAAUAAAGGUUUUAACUGAACACCCAAACCAAUCAGUAGCAAACAUCUAAAACUAUUGCUACUACAAAGCUCAACUGGAUGCCCGAAGGGCAUAGGGAAGAAUGAGCUAUUACGGCAGCAGCUAUCCCAUUGUAAACGUGGACCCCAAAUACCCAGGCUGUCCCCCAGAGCACAUUAUAGCUGAGAAGAGAAGAGCAGGAAGACGUCUGCUUCUCAAAGACGGCAGCUGUAACGUGUACUUCAAGCACAUUUUUGGAGAAUGGGGGAGCUACGUGGUCGAUAUUUUCACCACCCUUGUGGACACCAAGUGGCGCCAUAUGUUUGUGAUCUUUUCUCUGUCUUAUAUUCUCUCCUGGUUGACAUUUGGCACUAUCUUUUGGCUAAUAGCCUUUCAUCAUGGAGAUCUGUUAAGUGAUCCAGACAUCACGCCUUGUGUUGACAACGUCCAUUCUUUUACAGGAGCGUUUUUAUUCUCUCUUGAGACCCAAACCACCAUCGGUUAUGGUUACCGCUGUGUCACCGAAGAAUGCUCUGUGGCAGUGCUCACGGUGAUCCUUCAGUCCAUCUUAAGCUGCAUCAUAAAUACCUUCAUUAUCGGAGCUGCCUUGGCCAAAAUGGCAACCGCUCGAAAGAGAGCCCAAACCAUUCGGUUUAGCUAUUUUGCACUCAUAGGCAUGAGGGAUGGGAAGCUUUGCCUCAUGUGGCGCAUUGGUGAUUUCCGACCAAACCACGUGGUAGAAGGCACAGUGAGGGCCCAGCUUCUCCGCUACACGGAAGAUAGCGAGGGGCGGAUGACAAUGGCAUUUAAAGACCUAAAAUUAGUCAAUGACCAGAUCAUCCUUGUCACCCCAGUAACUAUUGUUCAUGAAAUCGACCAGGAGAGUCCUCUGUAUGCCCUUGACCGAAAAGCAGUAGCCAAAGAUAACUUUGAGAUUUUGGUGACAUUUAUCUAUACUGGCGAUUCCACGGGAACAUCCCACCAAUCCAGAAGUUCCUAUGUUCCCCGAGAAAUUCUCUGGGGCCAUAGGUUUAACGAUGUCUUGGAAGUUAAGAGAAAGUAUUACAAAGUGAACUGCUUACAGUUUGAGGGAAGUGUUGAAGUAUAUGCUCCCUUUUGCAGUGCCCAACAAUUAGACUGGAAAGAUCAGCAGCUCCACAACAUGGAAAAAGCCCCGCCAAUCCGGGGAUCUGGCACCACAGACCCCAAGGUCAGAAGAAGGUCAUUUAGUGCAGUUGCCAUUGUCAGCAGCUGCGAAAACCUGGAGGAGACCACCACCUCUGCCAUGGAUGAGUGUACACCUGGCCUGUAGACCUCAAGAAACCAAUCCUACUACUUACACCCUUGGGACUCCAUCCAUCCCAGAGCCCAGCCUCAGUUCUAAAUCUGGUGUGGCCUCUCUCUCUUCCUUUCGCAUUUAAAGGACCCGUACUCCAGAGACGGCAGCUCUGGGCUUCACGCACGGAAUGCAAGUCCAAUAGCAGAAACACAAGGGACAGCGUACGCAGCAGGGGAGGCGUUUGGCAAAUUCUCUGCCGCAGUUCUCCUGGCUAGGAGGUCUUUGAAAAUGAAAGCUAGUAGCUAGGACUCAGUUCAGAUGAAUGUGUGGGCAGAGAGAAGGAAGGGCUCCUGCGGGUCAUUUUCCCAAAGAGACCAAAUCUUAGUGUUGCUGGGGAACCAGCCCCGGGUCUGCAUUGUUUUGGAGCUUUUCCUCAGGGAGGAAAACUUGACAUCCAAGUGAAUCCCCUAGUUCCUCCUUCACGGCUCAGAGUUUAUGAAAGCAACUUAACCCAGCCUCUUAAGAGUGUGUGCCUGGGUCAUGAGAUCCGGCUGGGGUCAAGUGGCAUCUUGCCUCCUCCUGUGCCCCAGAGCUCCCUUCCUUAGGGAAUGUCCCGUGCCUGGGGUUGCAGAUCUUUUGUGCAGUUUGGAGACUUAAAUCGACAUGGCUAAAUGUUUUGAAGUUCAAUAGACUCUUAGUUGCUGAAUACCUAGUGGGGAAAAUUUGUAAAUGAAUUGAAUUAAAUAAACCGUCACCUUUUGCUCUUUGGGCUGAUUGAUGUAUGCUAUUGUAUAAAUACUGCAGAGUAAAAGAAUCCUGGGUCUCGAAUCAGUCUGUCAUCUCAAUAAAAAGCAGCUGGCCUGAGAUGGAGAGUCUUCUCAAUAAACAAGGCAACCUGAGCUGGGCAAUCACUGAACUCGGGGCCUUCGAUGCAAACUUUGGAGCCUCCACGGGCUGCAGAGAAACAGGUUCAUCACAGAGAGUUUUCAGCAGGCCCAGCAGAUGAAAACCCAAACAGAUCAAGUCUCGCUAAAUUACAUAGCCAAAGAAUGCUCUUUCUCUAUGCUAUCAUUUACCACAGGGGCCUAUAAAACAUCCUUAAUCACUGUCUAAGGAACUUGAACUUGAGACAGAAAGAGCCCCAAGAGGUUUAGACCCUGUGAAAACUUCUUUACAGAAACUUGUCAGAAACCCUCAGAUUUCCACAUAAAAUACUUGAGUCACAUGCGCUACAUGGCGUGGGUAAAGGCUCUUUAUUUGAAUUAGAAGCACAUGCUGGAGAUCAAUUAUUUAUUAGGCUGCCUGUUGUUUCUUUCUGAUACCGGUUUGCCUGGGGAAGGGAGGCGAGCCACAGGGGCCGAGCUAUGGACAGAGCUAACCUCUGCCAGCUGCCAGUUCCAAAACCAAAGAUUUUGAGGACGUCAGAGGGAUAUCAGCUCAUUGAAUCAGAUUCCAUUUUACCUAUGAGGAAACCCCCAACUUAGAGAAGUGAUCUGCCCCAGAGGGAUGGCAGAGGAAGAAAACACAGCUACCAGUGACCAGGCUUCUUAGGAAUCCCCACAGGCAAUACAUUAGCAGUCCCAACACUGCUGCAGGUGGAGAUAAUUUUAUUCUGUAACCAUUAAAUGGGAGAAAUGACCGCUUCAAGGCUUAAAUAGAAGCACGUUUCUUUUUUCUAGAAAUGCUUCUGAACUGAACUGUUUGUUCAUCAGUGAUUAUUUAGAGAAGCUGGAGUGUGGGCAAGGAAAGCAAUGCAGGAGACGGCCGGUAAGUGCAAUGAUGAAUGUUGGUAAAUUUUUUCCAAAUGUAACAAAAAUGAUUGCAUUUUUAAAAAAUGGCUCACCGGGGCAAUGCUAACGCACAGUGGGGUUCACCUCUGUGUACCGGUCACCAUCACCAAACCCUUCCCCUUGGAAGUAGGAACAUUUAGCCCUCUGGCAGAGCCGGCCAUAGGGAAUAAACAAACACAAUGAGUAGCGGGUUUUUCUUCCAGGAAACUGAUGGGGUCAUUUUUGAGGCGGGACCCCUACAAGGAAAGGAGCCGACCAGGGACAGGUGCGUAGAUCUGGGCUGACAACAGCUGCUCAUCUGAUCAAUCGUGCAACUUGGAGCAACUUAAUUGACUUUUGUGAUUCUUAAUUCCCCUCCCUAUAGUUCUUCUUGAUGUAUUAAGAAGGCAGACUUAGAGCUGGACUGCCUAGGUCUGGAUCUUAGUUUUUGCUGUGUGACUUGGGGCAAUUUAGGUACUUUCUUUGUGCCCCAGUUUUCUCAACUGUGAAGUGAGGAAAAUAACAGUACCCACCUCACAAUUGUAAGGAUGAAGCAAGAUAAUAUUUGUAAGGUGUUAGAGCAGGCUGGGUACAUAAUAGGUGCUAAUAAAGUAGGAGCUAUUAUUUAUCAGCAGCAGCAGCAAACUCUGUCCAUGUCAGUAUUAUCAGUUAGCUUAUAUUCCUUGACUUUUAACAUCGGCUUAAGCC